CACCACUCUGUAAAUAAGUGCACCGCGUAAGGAUCAGAACAGAUUCCUCAUUAAGAGAGAAGACAGUUGAUCGAGGUUUUCUCGUGUUUUUUGCCUGUUCUCCAUUUUCUUUUCAUUUGAAUCCUGAGACAGAGAGGAAAAGCAAAGAGUACAAACUGGUUGAAACCCUCUUAAAAAAAGGGAACAACACACAGUCCACGCAGACUCUCCAGUCCUCCCCGGGAAGGAGGAGAGGAGAUAGAGAGUCAAGAGUAAGGACUACGGGAGAACCGCAGGUAGAACACUUGGAGCACAAAAAGCAGGGGCGGGAUUGGGAGCGAGCAGUCUUGUCUGCAUCUGUUUGUGCUCCAACAUGCACCAUGAGUAACGGCAGUAACGGGGUCGAGGAGCUUCGGCCCCUCUGGAACUUCACCGGGUCAUCGGUCAUCCAAUCAGCUGAUCUCUUUUCCAACGGUUCAUGCAACACAACCUCGAAUGAUUCAACAUUCUGCACUGUUGUGGACAAAGAACAGAGUCCAGGGGGUUCAUAUAAAGCUCUGGAGAUGUUUUUCAUUGCACUGGUUACUGGAUCGUUGAGCUUUGUGACCAUCACAGGGAAUAUUUUAGUUAUGCUUUCCAUUAAAGUAAACCGUCACCUACAAACUGUCAAUAACUAUUUCUUAUUUUCCUUAGCAUGUGCUGACUUGAUCAUUGGUGCUUUCAGUAUGAACUUAUACACAGUUUACAUCAUUGUUGGCUACUGGCCACUUGGGCCGGUGGUCUGUGACCUGUGGCUAGCUUUAGAUUAUGUUGUCUCAAAUGCCUCAGUGAUGAAUUUAUUGAUCAUCAGCUUUGAUCGCUAUUUCUGCGUAACUAAACCCCUAACAUAUCCAGCAAGAAGGACAACUAAGAUGGCAGGGCUGAUGAUCGCAGCUGCCUGGAUCCUGUCGUUUAUCUUGUGGGCUCCUGCUAUCUUGUUCUGGCAGUUCAUCGUUGGACAGCGAACAGUGCCGCCUGGAGAGUGUUACAUUCAGUUUCUUUCGAACCCUGCAGUGACUUUUGGGACCGCCAUAGCAGCAUUCUAUCUUCCUGUUAUUAUUAUGACAGUCCUGUACAUCCACAUUUCCCUUGCCUCGAGGAGCAGGGUCUCCAAACACAAACCAGAGAAAAAAGAGAAGGGAAUAAAAACUCCCAGCUUGAUGAAGAGUCACCUAUUUAAGCAGAACAACAACAAUGAGACCAGUCCUCAGGCCAGUCCCCGCUCUACUCCCAAGCUCAGUGUAGAUUCCUCAACCACUGCACUCGAGGCUGUGAAGAACGGCAGAGUGCAGGAACCGAAACUUGUUCAGGCUCCAACACAACCCAGUCCGGGAACCACACAGGAGGAAAAAGAGAGCUCCAACGAUUCAUCCACAGCCUUUAUUCCUCCCACAGAACCAAAGGACAACACCAACAAUUCUGUGAUAUCUGAGGCUGCAGCAAUUCCCAUCCCAGUUGGUACUACAAAUCCUGAAGAGUCCAAGAUGACCUCUACCUCAAGGUGGUCCAAGAUAAAGAUCGUAACAAAGCAGGCCGGAGACGAAUGCAUCACAGCCAUAGAGAUCGUCCCCCCUGUAGAGGGAGCCGAGAGGCAUUCAAUUCCAAUCAGCCGACCCCGGACUGUUGCAAGAAAGUUCGCAAGCAUUGCUAGAAGCCAAGUGAAGAGGAAAAGACAGAUGGCUGCCAGAGAAAAGAAAGUGACCAAGACCAUCUUUGCCAUCCUGCUGGCUUUCAUCAUCACAUGGACACCAUAUAAUGUUAUGGUGUUAAUCUCCACUUUCUGCCAGUCAUGUGUCCCUGACACGGUGUGGGCUAUUGGCUAUUGGCUGUGUUAUGUUAACUCUACUAUCAACCCAGCUUGUUACGCACUGUGCAACGCCACAUUCAAAAAGACAUUCAAGAACCUGCUGCUGUGCCAGUAUAAAAAUAUAGGGACAAGAUGAAAUGGAAGGAGUAGAUUGGGGUGGAUGGGGAAGUGGUAAAACAUUGCAAGACCAUGCGAUGGAGGAAAUAUUGUGGAAAGCUGAAGAAGCUGGACAAGAGAAAUUGAUAAAUGGGUCAUUUUAAAGAAAAGGAAUAACCUCAGGGGAUGAGCAACUCUUUUUAGUCUUUAAAUGAAUGACGGUCAUAUAACAGCAGCUUAAGCCGAGGCAUUCGGCUGGUUAAGAUAAGCUCCAAUUAUUCAUAUUACCACUUCAAUUAUUGCACUCACACUCAAUUAUAACUUAGCAUAAUUCAUAAAAUGUAAUAAUGUAUCAAUGUUGUCUUCAUGUUUGCCUCUUCUAUGGAUCCAUUUAAAUGCAUGAAGUAUUGCGAUACUACCAAUGAACAUAAGGUAGGUCAGGAAGAAAACAAAAUGUGCCUUUUGGUGGUCAUUUUUAUUUACAGUGGGGCAAAAAAGUAUUUAGUCAGCCACCAAUUGUGCAAGUUCCCCCACUUAAAAAGAUGACAGAUGCCUG